AAUUAUUUUAUUAAAAGUGAAAAUUCAUAUACAGCGUCUGGGAAUUUAUUAAGUUUUUUUUCUUACUUCUCGCUGAACAAUUAGAACAUGCCUGAUCGUAGUAGAAAACCCGUCUAAAAAGUAUAUUAAAACAUCAAUCAAAGUCGCAGACGGCAGGAAAAAGUUACUUUCCUUCUCUAUAUCUUUAAAGUAUUUGUAAUGAUAAAGUAAUAAACCAACCCGAGAAAAUUAUAAAAAAAAAAAAACUCAUUUUAAGAAAAAGUCAUGUUUCUUAUGAAAUUAUUUUAAAUUUAAACUCAAACUAUUAUGGAUGGUUUACAUCUUGGUGGUCAAUUAUCUAAAGAUCAAUUAUUGCCUUUACAUUCGUUACACCACCAGUCCAUGAGAACCGGAAGUGCACUUGUGCUAUCACGCACAAGUCGUUCCCCCUCAGCCUCACGCAGUACUGAACAGAUGUCAAGAGAGCGUGAUCAACGCAUUGAGAGUGGUGAAGCUUUGACAACAACAUCAGCAGCAGCAGGUACGGCAUCUUCUGCCGGCUUAAUUGGAUCAGGUAGUGCUACCAGCAGUGGUACUAUGACUGGGAGUUUGGGCAGUACGACUGCGGGAACGGGCGGCGCAGCUGGUGUUGGUGUAUCCGCCGUAACUACUUUUCGCGGUUUUCGCAGCCAAUCACCUUCAAAUCGACGCAGUCGUGAACGAAAUCGUACUCACAAUCGAGCUCACGGCUCAGAUCAAGGCGGUCUGUUAGCCUACGGUGCCAUGACUAAUAAUGGUGGUCUGGGUGGCAGUAGUAGUGGUGUUAUUGGUGUUGGUGGCCCAUUAAGCGAUUUAUUAACAAAUAUGGAUAUGGGCUUGAGUAGCGCGGGUAUGGCAGAAGAUUCACGUUUAUCAGGCAAUGAAGAUCUCUGUUAUCAAUCGUUUGCUUCAGAUGAAUUAGAUACCAAUCCCGCUGGUGAUAAUAGUAAAAAGCAUCAUCGUCGUCAUGAACGUUUAUCAAGUUUACAAGCAUUAGAUCGUUUGAAUACAAAAAUCCAAUGUACAAAAGAGUCCAUACGUAAAGAACAAACUGCCAGAGAUGAUAAUGUUAAUGAAUAUUUAAAAUUGGCCGCCAGUGCUGAUAAGCAGCAAUUACAACGAAUUAAGGCUGUCUUCGAGAAAAAGAACCAAAAAAGCGCACACACAAUUUCCCAAUUGCAAAAGAAAUUGGACAGCUACACAAAGCGUGUUAAGGAUCUACAAAAUCAACAAUAUCAAAAUAAAAGUCAACAUCGGCAACCCCGUGAAGUGUUACGUGAUGUAGGCCAGGGCCUAAGAAACGUAGGCGGUAAUAUACGUGACGGUAUUACCGGUUUUUCUGGCUCGGUUAUGUCAAAACCCAAAGAAAUUGCGCAUUUAAUAAAAAAUAGAUUUAGUAGCAUGGAUAACAUAAAUCAAAUAUCGGAAUCUGAAUUAAGUAAUUUAAACGUUCCCGCCACGCAAGAUAUUUUGGGAUCGUCAACACCAAAUAAUAUUAUACCCAGCGCUUCAACCGGUUCGGGGGGAUAUGGAGGCGGCGGAGGUGGUGGUGGUGGUGUUGGUGGAGGGGGUGGGGCUGGCAGUGGCAAAUUUAAUAGUGAAAAUGGUAGUGAAUGCAGUAGCGUUACCAGCGGGAGUAUGCCGGCCGAUUCACGGAAAAGUCAUUCGGUUAAUCAUAUUGAUAUCAAUUUAUUAUUAACUGAACUGGAAGAACGUAAGGCUGAAAUUAAAAAACUAACAGAGCGUGUUGAGAAUUUAGAGAGCGCUCAAAAGGACUUUAAUAGCUUAACGGCUACGCUCGAAAGUGAACGUUAUCGUGCGGAAAGCUUAGAAGAACAAAUUAACGAUUUGACUGAAUUGCAUCAGAAUGAAAUUGAAAAUCUUAAACAAGCUAUCGCUGAUAUGGAAGAGAAAGUGCAAUAUCAAAGCGACGAGCGUUUACAGGAUGUGAACGAAGUUUUAGAAAAUUGCCAAACAAGGAUUUCGAAAAUGGAACAUUUAUCUCAGCAACAAUAUGUGACAGUCGAAGGUAUAGACAAUUCGAAUGCCCGUGCUCUAGUAGUAAAAUUGAUAAACGUGGUUUUAACCAUAUUGCAAGUGCUUUUGCUACUAGUUGCUACUGCAGCGGGCAUUAUAAUGCCAUUUUUGAAAACAAGAGUGCGAGUUUUAACAACAUUUUUGACGAUAUUUAUGAUUUUUUGUGUGAUACGUCAAUGGCCCGAUGUACAGGAUAUUGUGGCUGGAUUGUUGCGCCAUCUAAAGCAAUCGUUAGUAGUUAAAUGAAAUUAGAUUGUGUUGUAUUUGUAAAUAAUUCUGAGAAAAGGAUAAAUUGGCUUGAAAGGUUUGAAAAAAAGGAAAAAAAACAAAACAAAAGGAAAAAUAAAAAUAAAUGCAAAGAUAAAAUGAAACGAUAAGAACAACACAACAAGGGAGCUAUUAUAUAAAAUUAUUAUUAUUAAAAAAAAAGUAUAGUUAUUGCUAAUGCGUUAAAAUGAAGUAUCGAGACCGAAACAACCAACUAAGGAAUUUUUUUAUUGCAUCUUAUAUCUUAAUCGUAAAAUAUUAAGGCUUUUAAUUAUUUAAAUUUUAUAUUUUUACUGUCUGUAGUCGAUAUGUAGAUAUAGAGAAACAAGUUCAAGUUUUGCAAAUGAUUAAAAAAAAUUAAACGUUUUUACAAAUUUUUUAUGUUUAUUUAAUUUCAAUUUUUUUUUUUUUUAAAUAUAGGCAAGAUAUAUAUAAGCUUCUCGUAGAAACUAUAAAAAAAAAAAAAAAAAAAAUAUUUAUUUAA